UGUCUCCUUCCUGUUGCAAGAGUGUCCAGGAGUGUGGUCCUCAUGCCCUCCUGUCCCCAUCCUUCUGUCUGCUCAGCUCUCCUACUCAGACAACAGGACAGGAAUGCUGUUGGCUUUGAAGUCAGACCCGUCUGGGUCCACUCCCAGCCUGGCCCUUUUCCCACGGCAGAUACAGGCAAAGUACUUGCUGCUCUGAGUCAUAACUUCUUCUCAGAAGAUGGGGAUGGGGGUGAUGGUUCCCAUGCAGUGCCUUGCCUCUUGUCUCCGUGAGGCAUAACUGGGCAGACCCAUAGGACUCCUGGAUCCUGGCAGGACAUGUGACAGGCAGUAUCCAUGGCUCCCUCAAUGGGACUUGUCCACAAAGGAGACCAUCCAGUCCCUGGGGGACCAGGACCCAUUCUCUGAGACAGCGCAGGUGCAAGGGAGUGAGACACACAAGCAGGGUGUUCUGCGCAAUCUGAAGGCCCCACAGGCACCUGGAAAUCUCCAGAAAGUCAGUGCUGCAAAUCUACUCACUGUUACGAAGCCGUGACCCGUGACCUUUGUCUGGGAUGGAGCCCACAGCUACAGGACGGACGGAGAAGAGUUUCAGCUAUGUGGUCAGGGCACCCAGCAGCGAUGGGUUUGACGUAAUGAAUGUGGAUGUGAAGAUCGACACGUGCUGGGUAUUUCAGGACGCGGAGGACAGCGGUGAAGAGUGGGGCUGUCCUGCGGACGAAGCUGCUGGAAGCCCUGAUGUGGACCCAGGCACACUCAGGAAGCAGCUGGAAUCCUCUGAGCAGAAGCUGUUGGCUGCUGUGGACCAGUACGUGAUGUCUGAGUCCGAGCUAAGGAGCAGGAUCCAGGAGCUGGAGCUCUCCGAAAGACACCUUCUCCGGAUGGUGGAGCAGCUGGGUGCCCGUGUGACACAGGAAAGGAGCGCCACUGUGCGAGCCCAGGAGACGCUGCAAGCCCUGCGGCGGGAGCUGGCCAGCCAGGUUCUGGAAAAGGAGUGUGCAGCUCGGCGGCAGCGGUGGCGGCUGCGGCGGCUGCGGGAGCGUCUGCGGCGCAAGGACGAGGCGCUGGGGCGGCAGGCGGCGGCUCUGGAGCGCUGCCGGCGGACCCAGCGGCUCCAGCUGGGCCUGGUGCGCGAGCAGGAGCGCGGCCUGCGGGAGCAGGUGCAGCGGCUGGAGCGGGACGUGCGGCGCCUGUGUCGCGCGGCUGGCCUCAUGCUGGCCGAGCUGGAUGUCCCGACCCCAGGCAGCUCCGGCAGACUCGGCCCAGCCGGCCCCGGGGGUGACCCCGGUGAAGCCGCGGAGCUGCGCGCUCUGCAGGCGCGGGCGGAGCGCGGGGAGCGCGAGCGGGAAGAGGCGGCGCGCCGGCUUCGGGAGCAGCGCGCCACCGAGCGCCGGCUCCGCGUGCAGCUGGAGGAUCUGCGCUGUUACAUCUAUGAGCUCAAGCUGUCGGAGAUCGGCCUGCAGGGCCAGGUGGAGGACCUCGCGCAGCAAAACCAGAGCCUGCGAGAGGCCCUGGGGACCCAGGCCCCAGGGGAGAGCGCACGCAGCAACGCCGCUGCUGGCCACUGCAGCCCGGACACUCUGAGCUGGAUUCGGGAUGAACCCCCAUCCCUGCCCAGGGAGGACACACAGGAUGCCGGUAGAAGACAAGGGCCGCAAGCCACCGUCUGCUCUGCCGGUGGCCCUGGACUGGGUGGUUCCGCAGGCCAGCCCUCUGAAGGCCUCUGCUCCUGGAAUUGCCUCGGGGUUGGCCCAGGCCCCUCUGUUUUGGAGACCACGGAUGAGACCCUGGAAGACAUCACAGGAUCUGACUGUGGACUGCCAGCGCCAGCUGAGCCCAGCUUGGAUGAACAGACUCUCCUUCUCAUCUGUGGCUGCCCCCCCGGGCAGUGCAGGGAUGGCUCACUCCUCCCUGUGGAGCUGGCCUGGAUUUCAGAGCGAAGACUAGCAGCCGCCCAGGCCCAGGGGUCCUUUCUCCUGGUGCAGACGCCUCCACUCCCUCCCUGGGGGCCAGCCAGGGACCCCUCUUCCUUGCUGCCGCCACUGCUGCUCCAGGAGGCUUCUCCACAAGACUCCCAAAUGCAACAGGUGCUGGAUGCCUGGUCAUUGCCUGCUCCCAGGGCCAUUGGACAGCCCUGUUGGAAUCAUCACCAGGCAAAGAGCCCCGAAGCCUCCCUUUUCCAGGAGUCCCCACGGACUUCAAGUCACCGGUUUCCCAGGAGAGGGCCCAGAGAUCUGAAAGACACUUGGAAGGAGGGAGGAGGACCAGAGUGGAGAACAGAGGAGGAGGGGGCGAGGAGGGCUUGGGACAGGAGGGGGAGGGAAGGAGGGCCUUUAUCAGAUGUGGAGGAAGAGCACCCCACAGCCAGGGUCCGGGGUGCCCAGAAGCCAUCUCCAGCAGGUGCUCAGGUCCUUGCAGGGCAGGGUGAGGAGGAAACUCUUGUGUGGUCUGGAAAGGCUCCAUGUCUGCGAGAGGAAAGCCCUGAAUACGAAGGGCAAGAAGAGAAGGAGGAGGAGGCAGCACCUCUAGAAGGGUCCAGUCUGGGCUACAAGGACAUCCCAGAGGAACCUGGCCCCAUGGAAUGUGCAGACCAGGGUACCCUCUUCUCAGUGGCAGAGGAAGGACUGUCCCCCAGAUUGGGAGACCCAAUCUUUCCACCCAAGGGGACUGAACGCACCAGUAACUCAUGGGCUCCAAGCGAAGGACCUGGCAGUUCUGAGCUCAGACUAGACAAAUUUGAAAAGGAGAUGGAGGCUUGUUUCCAGCAACUCUCCAUCCUGGAGCUUGGAGGAGACGGGCGGUGGCCACAAGCCUCCAUGCUGGUGGGAGAAAGCACGAACUCUGCUUGGAGACGGCCCAGCUGCCAGGGGAAGCCUUCCUCCCAGCGGGCUUUGGGAAACCAGGGCUUGGAUGUUUGUUUGGCCAGGGAAGUCAAACCCGGGGAGGCUAGUGAAGAGGUUAGACGAGAAGAGACUGAGGCCUUGGGAACCAGCGCGGUUCUUCCUGAGAUGGUGCCUGCUUUGGAUGACGUGAGGCUGGGCCCAGAAUGGCCCUCUGAGCGAGGUUGGAAUUGGCCUCCAAGAGCCCUUGAAAGGCAGAAGAGAAGGUUCCAGCAGCUCAUUGCUGGACUGAAAAAAGAGAGAAGCCAGGUUUUACAUGACAAUGCUGAGCUUUGGGGCGACCGAGAGAGAUUCCGUAGAAAAGUGAGUGUUCUGGAAAAAGAGAGGGACAGAAAUGGGACAAAGAUCGCCAUACUUGAACGGGAAAACCGCAUGCUGUUAGGGGACAUCUCGCACUUAAAGGGGGAACUGGACCAAUGUUGGCAGGUCAUUUCUGACCUUGAGGACUGCAAUGGGAAAAGUUACGGCAAAAUUUCUGAGCUUGAAGAGGAGAAUGAGAAGCUGAAAAGGCACGCGGCCCAGCUGCAGAAAGCCGUGUGGGAGAGCCUCAGAAAAUCCAAAGGUGUGAUGGAGCGUGUCACCCUGGGAAACCAGGAGCUCAAGGCACUGAUCUCCGAGCUCGGGGUUGGUUACAAAGAGCUGAUGAAGAGCAUAGUGCUGGGAAUAGAAGACACGGUCCGGGCCUUCAGCGGGGAGAAUGCUCACCUUCUACGCAGAAUCCGUGUCCUGGAGACGGAAGUCGCCUUGGGGGAGAGCACAGCAGUGCGGCGCGUAGUGAGAGCAGAUGAGGGUCCGUGGGGGGAAAGUAAGAUGUGGGGGGACAAGGGGACCGCUGUGGAAAAGGGGGUGCAAGUGACUCAGCUCUCAGGGCAACUGACCGCAGGAGCCCAUGGUCCACCUAUGGAGGAGAAAUCGGGUGCAGCUGGCAGGUGUAUGGGGCCUUCCUUAGGCAUGGAGAAUUCCAGAUACAAUGCCAAUUCUGCCGCUCCGUCCUUGGUCUGGGGAAGUGCCGAGGUGUCCAGUGUCCCACAAGGACACAUCCAUGGAGCAGGAGUAAAAGAAGCACAUUCGGAAGAGGAGAAGGAAAGACCAUGGUGCUGUGCGGACCCAGCGCAAGCUCUGACGGCCCUGGACAAUGGCCCCCAGCUGCGGGACCCAGAGGCAGACCCCCUGACAGAGGACCUGAGGGUUCACGUGGGGCAGCUCCAGCACCGGGUGCUGACCCUACAGUGCCAACUCAGAGACCAGACGUCUGCCCACCACCAGCUGCAGGAGGCACUUGGGGAAGCCGCCCGCCUCCGGGACCAGCUCCAGGGCGAGCUUGAUGAGCUUCAGAAAAAGCAACACGAGGCCAGUUUCGCUGUGGCUCCUUUAAAGGCCAAGCUGGCUUCCCUGUUCCAGAAGUGCCGGGAGAGGAACCGCCUGAUCACGCACCUGCUUCAGGAGCUGCGCAGACACGGGCUGGAGGACCAGCUGCUUUCUGAGAUGGCACAGAGCAUGGUGGACGACGUGGCGCUGGCCGAGUAUGCAGCCACCUUCCCGGCUUCGGGGCUCCCAGAGACCAACCACCAACCAGAUGUUGAGCCCGAGAAGGCAGCUCCUGUAAGAGGUCAGUGCGAUAUUCAGUUAGGAAUAUCUGUGUGCUCUGACACGGUCCAAGUCAGCAGGGCGAUCUGACAGCUCAGAAAUACCACCUGAAUCCCAAAAUGGACAGUGUCCUCAUCCAAAGACCUCUGCAUUCAGAGUCCUGGCCUGUUCCCAAGGCUGA